AUGCAGCCACCCCCCAUUUCCCCUAGCCCUUGGCCGCCGCCCCCCUCCCAUCUCCUCCUCCCUCAAACUCUUGCAGCCACACCACCUAACCCUAGCCACCCCCAUCUCCUCCUCCCCAAGGUGCCAUUCCUUGUCGCUUGGAUCUACGUCGCGUGGUGCAAGUCUCCAAUUGGUUUUGGUGGAGGGAAGAAGGAAGGAAGGAAAAGGGGAGAAUCCAAGGUGGUGGACUUCCGGAUUAUGCUCAAGGCUUUGUCCAAACUCCCCGGUGAAGACAAGCACUUGAUCUUGCUUUUGGGAAAGGAGGGAUGUAGCAGCACGACCACUUCACUUUUAAAUAAAUGUACCACUGUUUAGUGAUGAUGUUAAACAGGGGUUCAAGUCCAGGGGAUUAAUAUGUUUUAGGCUUCAUGGUAAUCAAAUUUGUUGGGUUGGCCGGGUUCCCUCUCUUUCUAUUUGGUCAUGAAUGUUUAUUACUAUCUCUGCAUCCUGUUUAUGUUUCAUGGAUUGUCUUUCUUUUACAUUAUGUCUAAACUUUAUGUCCCUCUCGUUUUGCUACUUUCAAGGGAGGUGCUACCAGAUUUUGUUUUA